CACGCAUCAUGCGAUUCCUGCGAGACUGCUGAGCAUUUCUCUGUUGCAGGGAUGGAGCUCCGUAGAUUUGUGGACUUUCUGGCACCUCUGCUGUGUUUCCUGGGCUACCUGGAAGGAACAACGGAUAAUCAAUUGAGUAAUCAAGCCACCAUCCAUGAAUAUUGCAUCGUCGGGGCUGGACCGGCGGGUCUCCAGCUCGGUUAUUUCUUGCAACAAACCGGACGAGAUUAUGUAAUUUACGACAAGGCCGAUCGACCCGGUAGUUUUUAUCAGCGAUAUCCUCGGCAUCGGAUGCUGAUCAGCAUCAACAAGAGGUUCACGGGGAGAAAGAAUCGACUCUUCAACGAGAGACACGACUGGAAUUCCUUGUUGAGCCACGACGAUUCCCUCAGAUUCCCGCUCUACUCCAAAGAGUUCUUCCCUCAUAGUGUGGCUAAGCUUUCGUUCGUCUUCUGUAACUACUUUGGUCGAGACGAUCGCUGUUCAACUCCCUUCCAGCGGUUUGUGGGACCUAUGAGCACCCUCGCGUCUCCAGCUGGGGUGUUGAUUGUGGCGACGGGGUGGUCGAAGCCGUAUCGCUUGAGAAUCCCAGGUUCCGAAUACAUGGAAAACUACAGCGAUUUCGAUGUGAAUCCCAGGAAAUACGAGGGGAAGUCCGUCUUGAUCAUCGGUAGAGGGGCCCCAAGGACAGGGUCGUACCGAGAUAUUUGGCGCCCUCUAGGCGUGAACAACGCGAUCGUGGACACGUAUCAGCUCAAGUCCCUCGACGGUCUCCUGGAAGGCGACAUCAACCGAUUCAAGUUGAUUCGGAAAAACGGGAAAAUCUACGUAACUCCGGAUUUUGAUGGCCAAUACAACACCGCGAACCUUCUUCGGGUGAAGCCGGACGGCGAGAAUGCCAUCGACAACUUCCCCCUGCGCCUCCCAUACGAUCACGUGAUCGCCUGCUUGGGAUUCGUGGUAGAUGGUUCCAUUUUCCACAAGCUGAGUCUGGUAUCCCUCGGGAAGGUUCGGGUGUGGUUAAAGAUAUCAUCACCUGAAUCUUGCCGGACAAGCACAUCCAUUGUGGAUGAAGGGCCUAAUGGGGCUCAAAUCCUGCUAUGGAAAGUGAAGACCUCAAAAGAUUGCUAUCGGAGGAAGUACUACUCCCUGGAGUAUUUCCGGCCAAACCGAGAGAGACUCGGUGGCAAUGUCCCCGGUAGGGGAGCUGAACAAUGA